CUGUAAUCUUAACCUUCUUCCCCAAGAAAUCUUUAUAGCCUACUUGGAACAAAUAAAUAUAUAAAAGGGAUCCCCGUCUUUUGCCUUCUUCACUUUCAGAAACACCCCAAAGAUUUUGGAUUUUUCGUAGCCAUGGGUGACAGUCAAUAUUCUUUUUCCCUCACAACUUUCAGUCCUUCGGGGAAGCUAGUUCAGAUCGAGCACGCCCUGACGGCGGUGGGUUCGGGUCAAACAUCUCUUGGAAUCAAAGCUGCUAAUGGAGUCGUAAUCGCUACAGAGAAGAAAUUGCCUUCAAUCUUAGUUGAUGAAACCUCUGUUCAGAAAAUACAGUUCCUGACACCAAAUAUUGGAGUUGUUUACAGUGGUAUGGGUCCUGAUUUUCGAGUUUUGGUUCGGAAAAGUAGGAAGCAAGCUGAACAAUAUCAUAGGUUGUAUAAGGAACCAAUUCCAGUAACACAACUUGUAAGGGAAACUGCAGCUGUUAUGCAGGAGUUCACUCAGUCUGGUGGCGUAAGGCCUUUUGGUGUAUCUCUACUGGUUGCUGGAUAUGAUGACAAUGGUCCACAAUUGUAUCAGGUGGAUCCUUCUGGUUCAUAUUUCUCAUGGAAAGCCUCAGCAAUGGGGAAGAACGUCUCCAAUGCAAAAACAUUUCUUGAGAAGAGAUACACUGAUGAUAUGGAGCUAGAUGAUGCCGUUCAUACUGCUAUCUUGACUCUCAAAGAGGGAUUUGAAGGACAAAUCUCAGGGAAAAACAUUGAAAUCGGGAUUAUUGGAAUUGACAAAAAGUUCAGGGUACUUACGCCUGCUGAAAUUGAUGAUUAUUUGGCCGAAGUCGAGUAACUUGUCUUACUAUUUGAGACUAUCUACAAGUGUUUAUUUUAUGUAACAUUUGUUUCGAGACUCCCAAUUCGGUCAAAUGUUGUUAGUUCAUCACUGGAAUUGAAAACAAAGAACUUUGCCAAUGUCCGCUUGAUGCCGGAACUGAAAUUGGAUGAGUUAUAAACUUCGGGUUUAGUUUAAUUGAUUUAUACAAUCACUUUU